AAUUUUUUUUAUGAUGAUAUUAAAAUUUCUAAUAAUAAAAAAGUUUUAGAAUUGAUUAUCGUCGUGAAAAAAAAGAAUUAAAUACUUAUAAAACCAAACCUACACUGUAUCUACUAAAGGAUUUUGGUUUAAUUUUAUUAAUAUUAAAAUUAAAAAUUUGGAAAAGAAGAAAAAAUAUCUAAUUUUUUAUUUAUUGCGUAAAAAAUAAAUUAAAUUUUUCUUUGGAAAAAAAAGAACAAAAAGAAAAAUUUUUCAUAUCAAUUUUUUGCAAGGAUAGGCUGGAAUCUACCUAAAAAUUAAACAAAAAUUUUUAAAUAAUCAUAUUUUUGUUUAAAUUUAAUUAAAAAAACAGCUAUUCAUUCAAUUAAAGAAAAAUAAAUAAAAAAUAUAAUAAAAUCUACAUAAUUUUCAUAUUGAGGAUACCUUCAAACAAUAAAAUCAAAAUGGAUUGUAGAUUGGAGUUCUUAAGAUUAGAAUUCGCAGUUUUUAAUGCAGCUAAAGAAAAUGAUUUAACAAAAUUAAAGAAAUGCUUGCUUGGCCGCUCUCAGCCUGAGGUAUCGAUGUUAUUAACAGUUAAGACUGGUGGAGCAACUCCAUUAGUAAUUGCCUGUCGUUACGGUCAUUAUGAUAUUGUAGAAUAUUUAAUAACAAAAUGUGGCUGUAAUGUUGAAAGAGUCGGUUCAGUAACAUUUGAUGGUGAAACAAUUGAAGAUGCACCACCAUUAUGGUGUGCGAGCGCAGCGGGACAUUUAAAUAUUGUGAAAUUAUUAGUUAAACAUGGUGCUAAUGUUAACAGUACAACAAAAACAAAUUCAACUCCAUUGAGAGCUGCAUGUUUUGAUGGUCAUUUUGAAAUUGUAAAAUAUUUAAUUAAAAAGGGUGCUGAUUUUGAAAUAGCAAAUCGCCACGGUCACACAUGUCUAAUGAUAGCGUGCUAUAAGGGUAAUUACAAAAUUGCUCAAUAUUUAUUAAGUUUAAAAGCAGAUGUCAAUAGAAGAAGUGUCAAAGGUAAUACAGCACUACAUGAUUGCGCUGAAUCUGGAUCUUUAGAAAUUUUACAAUUAUUAUUACAACAUGGUGCUACAAUGGACGUUGAUUCAUACGGUAUGACACCAUUAAUAGCGGCUAGUGUUACAGGUCAUUUGCCAAUUGUCGAACAUAUAAUUGGUUUACCAGAAAUUAAGAGAGAAGAUCGUAUAGCAGCUUUAGAAUUACUUGGAGCAACAUUUGUCGAUAAAAAACGUGAUAUGAUACAUGCUAUAUCAUUAUGGAAACGUGCCAUGGAAGAUCGUUAUAAUAAUGAACCAGAAUUGCCAAAAAUUGUUAAUGAACCUAUAGCUGCAUAUGAUUAUGCUCGUGAAGUAACAAGCAUUCAAGCAUUAGAUGAUUUAUUAAUGGAUCCAGAUGCUAUGAGAAUGCAAGCUUUAGUUAUACGAGAACGAAUACUAGGACCGGCGCAUCCUGAUACAAGUUACUAUAUUAGAUUUAGAGGAGCACAUUACGCUGAUGCCGGUCGAUUUGAUCGGUGUAUAGAAUUGUGGACUUAUGCUGUUACUAUGCAACAGAAUAUACUUGAACCUUUAAGCCCAAUGACACAAUCAUCAUUUUUAUCAUUCGCUGAAUUAUUUAGUUUUAUGUUAGGAGAAGCUGGUCGAGCCAUGACUAGGGGUCGAGUUGUACCACCUAUUGAAACAAAUGAUAUGCUUAUGAUUUUUAAUAAAUCAGUUAAAGAAUUAGAAUUAGGUCAAAAAAUGUUUCAAAGUUUGCCAGAAUCUGAAAAGGACUCAAAUUUACUUAGUCGUGCUCUAGUAAGCUCAUUACAUUUGGCUUGUUUAUUAGCACGUUUAGUUGUUGAAGAAGAUUGCUGUGAAGUGAUAAAAAAACGUAUAUUAACAGCAUUAUAUAAAUUAAAUAAUUUAAAAGUUGUGAUACGAUCUGGUCGUACAGCAUUACAUUUAGCUUGUUAUCGUGGAGCUUCUCUUGGACGUUAUCCACCAUGUCAAUUUCCGUCCACACAUUUAACAAAAGCAUUAUUAAUGGUUGGAGCAGAUCCAAACGCUCGUGAUGAAGAUGGUAAUACACCUUUACAUUUAGCUGCUAUAUCAAAUCCUUGUCGACCAGAAUUAGCAAAAAUUUUAAUAGAAUAUGGCGCACAUUUGGAUACACGUAAUAAACAUGGUGAGAGCUUUGAAAAUUUAUUAGGUGAGGAACAACGAUUACAUGAAAUUGUAGAUCCACUUAAGCAUAUCAAUUUGGCAUGUUUAGCCGCUCGGAAAAUUAAAAAACACAAUAUAGAAUAUGUUAACAGAGUACCAAAAUCCUUAUAUUCAUUUAUCGAUUAUCAUUAAUAUUGUAAUAAAAACAGAAAAUUUAAAAAAAACAUAAAUGUAGUCAUAAAAAUUUAUACAAAAAAGAAAAAAUAAUAUGAAAAAAAAUGUAAAAUGAUUGAUAUUAAAAUGCAUCGAGCAAAUUAUUGAAUUUUCAGUAAAAAAAUAUUAACAUUCGAAAUUCAAAAAUAGAAUAUGUAUAUAAAAAAAUUACAAUAUCUUUUAACUUACAAAAAUUUUAUAUAAAACGAUUUAUAACGAUCGAUGUUAACUUCAAAAUUUGUAAUAAUCGUUGAAAAUUAGAAUAAAACUGCUUUAUUUUGUUGUUUUAUU